AUGGCGUUCCUCCCCUCCCUGGCGCGGCGGAUCGGCGGAGGGGCUGCGGCGCGGCGGUCCGGCGGAGCGGCACUCGCCCGUCUCCCUCCCUUGUCGUCGUUCGCCGCGCGGCGGACUGGCGGACCGACCGCGGCGUGGCGGCCCACGCCCGGCGCGACGGACCGGCAGAGCGGCGCUGCGGAGCAGCCCGCGCGCGGCGGCGGUGGCUGGCGAGCGUGCAGCGGGGCCCUCCUUCGGCAGCAUGGUGGUGGUUGGGGCGGUGGUGGGGUCUGGCGCGGCGAGCCCGCUGCUGCAGGACGAGCGAGCGAAUCCGCGUGCGGGAGGACCGGCGGCGGCGCCUCCUUCCUCCUCCAGAUCCUGGCGGCCCUGUGA